AUGACAUCGACAAUCCAAGGGCUCUUGCAAAAACUAGAAGACCCUAAACGUCCAUUAUUAGGACCAACGAUAAAAUGGUUAAAAUUAUAUGGAUUGAUAUUACCAAGAACCAGGAAAGGAAAAAUGAUAUACUUGUCAAUAUUGACAGUUAUGGGACUGUUCAUUAUUUCGGAGUACGUGGACAUGAUAAUUAUGAGAAAUGAUGUUAACCAUUUACUGCUUAAUUUCAAAUAUUCAAUGCUCAGCAGUGUUAAUGUCAUAAAGGUAAUUACAAUGUAUGCCUGGCAUAAACACUGGAUGGGUAUUUUUAAAUUUACAACUCGCGUUGAUAUAGAAAGAAGGAAUUCUCCAGAUCCAUUUUAUCGAGAAACAGUCAGAAAAUAUACAAAAUAUUGCCGCAUUAUAACCUAUAUAUAUUGGUUUUUGGGGUACUGUACAGUUAUUAUGAUUGUCGUCCAACCAGCAGCCAAAUAUCUGUUAUCGUCAACAUAUCGUCAAAAUGUCAAGGAUGGCACAGAAAAAUUUCUAGAAGUAGUUAAUUCUUGGACACCAUUUGAUAAAACCACGAUGUCAGGUUAUUUGAUUUCAAAUAUAAUCCAAGGUGUAGCUUCGUUAUAUUCCGGAGGAUGGAUUACAUCCUAUGAUACAAAUGCGUUUGUAUUAAUGAUUUUUUUCCGCGGUGAAUUGGAACUUUUAAGAAGAGACUGUCAGAGCCUUUUUGGAACAGAAGAAAAUCCGGUGACAAAAGAGGAAGCACUAAAACGUAUUGAUCAUUGCCAUCAACGACAUAAUGAUAUAUUAAAAUACUUUCGUCUGUUCGACUCUUGUUUAUCUCCCAUAAUGCUGUUGUAUGUAAUCGUUUGUUCUGUAAUGCUUUGUGCAACAACUGUCCAAUUAACAACCGAAAGCAGUGCAAUGCAGAAGUUAAUAACGUUUCAAUAUCUCAUGUUUGGUGUAAGCCAAGUUUUCAUUUACUGCUGGCACAGCAAUGAUGUAUUUUAUGUCAGCCAAGAUUUAAUGCUCGGUCCAUACGAAAGCUAUUGGUUCGCGCGAACUUUGUCAGAGCAAAAAAAUCUUCACCUAUUAGCUGGUCAAUUAAAUAAGCAGAUUGUACUCACCGCUGGACCCUUCAGUUACAUCAAUUUGGCAACAUUCAUAAAUAUACUAAAAGGCGCCUACAGCUAUUACACACUUUUGAAUUAA